CUGUAGUUUGAAAAUGCCAUGAAUAUGACGUUGCUUUACCUCUUACCCCUCACCUUGUUUCACUAAUAAGUUGCUUUAGAGAGCGGGAGCUGCACCUACAAGGCACCCUGGCGAGAAUAGCAGAGCGAGCAAUGACUUGCUGCUUAAACGCAAAAGAUCGACAGCUGGUACUUUACUGACGCUUCCGCGAAGCGUGGAAUUGAUAGCUUCGGGCGGGACCGUGCCAGGAGCGCACUUUCGCGACGUGACACAGAACCGUCUGUGACCGAAAUAAUCGGCAAACAGCGUGUCCACGAUAGAUAGCCCUGCUGAGGAGCGAGGCCUCCGUGCGUUGGAACUGGGCCCCUCAGCUGCAGCUGCCUGUCUGUGAGAAGCCCUGGAGAGUGGUUGCGCCUCAAAACUCGCUGGGCAUAGGAACGCCGGUGGAAUGAAGCGUGCUCUCGUUUGAGCUCCGCGGGAGUCUUCCUGUGACGGGGCCAGACGGGGCCAGAACGCCUGACGCCAUCGAAGUCCUUCCUUCACUAGGGAGAGUUGGCGACAGCCGCGAUGACGCGAAAGGACACGGAGGACCUCAUCAAGCAGCUGAAGGAAGCUGCCGAGUGCCAGGGCCCUGGUGAGCAGGUGGUGCUGGAGCUGCCGCUGUUCCAGCAGGCGCUGGAGGGGCUGGCGCGGCUGGAGCAGGCACUCGACAACCGGCCCUCGCUGAUCAAAAAGCUGAAUGAAAAGAUCAUCAAGCUGGAGUCGGACCUGGAGGUACUGCGAGAUCAGACCCGCGUCAACGAGCUGGAGAAGAAGGUGCAGCGGCUGGAGGGGGAGCUGCAGCGCUCCUACGCCACCAAGAACUUCACCCUGAAGAAUGGCCUGCUGGAGAUCGAGAAGGCCUACCGCGACUUCAUCUCCUCCUCGGCGCCCGUGCAGAGCCUGUGGGACGAGGUCACACUGCUGCUGGUGGACGACAAGGAGUCUCUGCCGCAGCACAUCCUGGCGCGCCGCAACCAGCACGCGGUGGCGGCGGCGGUGGCGGCGGGGGUGGCGGCAGACUCGCCCGCGCGGCCGCCUGCGGGGCCCGAGGGCGGUGAGCUGGCGCCACCGCCCACAUCGUUUGUGCAGCAGCAGGUGGACAAGUUCAAGGACUACACCUUCACGCCGGGGCUGCUGGAUCCGCACGAUCCCAACCACCCUGCCAACCAGCACCACAACUACCCCCACCCCCACUACUUCCCAGCGGUGCCUAAUCAGGCCGCGGCAGACGCCCUGGGUUUCGGCUACGAGGCCGACGCACGGGCCGGCGAGGCACACGACGACCGGCCGCCACUUGGGGCGGUGGACCCCGCCGCCCUCAGGGGGCAGUACGACACAGCGGCGGCGGCGGCGGCGGCGGCGGCGGCGGGCGGGGCGGCGGCUGGAGGGGAGGGGGCGCUGGCGGCGGUGCCGCAGUACGGAGCGGCGGUGCCGGCGCCGUCGCCGCUGCGGCCGGUGUCGCUGUUUGGCGCGGGCGGCGAGCCCGACGCCGCCGCCGCGGCUGCCAGUGCGGCUCAGCUGGCUGCUGCCCGCCGCGAGCUGGGCGGCACCCUGGAGGCGCUGCGGGGCUUGUUCGCCGCCUACGACUGGGCGCCGUCACCGCUGCAGCCCGGUGCUGCUGCCUCCUCCAGCGACCCCCACGCCGCCUCCUCCUCCCAGCCCUCCUCCGACCCACACCAACCCCAGCACCCUCAGCACGCUCAGCACGCUCAGCAGCAGCGCGCGCCGCGUGCUGUGCCUGACGCCUCGGCCUUCGCGUCCAUGGCUGACCAGCUGGAGGUGUCGGUGGCACGGCUGCGGGAGUACUUUGGGGCCAUGCGGUGGGCACCGGGGGGGCCGGUGGCGGCAGGGCUGGCGGCGGCCACGGCCGGAGGCGGCGGCGGCGCCCCCGACGCGCGCUACUUCGACUCCCAGGCCGACGCAAUCCUGUCCUCCGUACAGCUACUGCGCGGGCAGUUCCAGCAGGCAGCACAGGCGGCGGCGGCGGCGGCGGCGGCAGCCGCGGCGGCGGCGGCCGCAAACGGCGAGGACGGCGACGCGGCAGCGGCGGGCGCGGCGGCGGCGGCGGCGGCGGCGGUGGUGCCGGAUGCGCGGUACUUUGAAACCCAGGCCGACGCGAUCCGGGCCUCUUUGGACGAGCUGUUGCGAAUGUACGAAACGUCGACGGGCGGUACGGCGGAUGCCGGCGGCGGCGCUGCCGCCGCCGGGAGCCGGUCCUGGCCAGCGGGCGCGGCGGCGGUGCCUGGCGGCGCCGCCGCCGCCGCUGACGGCCGCACCCCGGAUGCCCAGUACGGCGACGGUGGCGACGGCGGCACGGGUGCGUCAGUGCAGCCGCUGGUGGACUUGUUCUCGUCGUUCGUGUCGCAUUUGGAGUCGGGUCUGGGGGGACCAGGCGCCAGCGGGCCCUGGCCGCUGUGGCUGGCACGCGGUGGCGGUGGUGCCGGCGGCGCAGCGGCUGCCGGCGGCGUCGCAGGGGAGGGCGCUGGCGCAGGCGACGGCGACGGCGCGGCGGAGCAGCAGCAGCAGCAGCAGCGGCCGGUGACGGCGGAUGAGCUGGUACGGAUGUUCGCUGCCUUUGCCAGAGCGUGGCCGGGCGCCGCCGGCGCGUCAGCGGCGGCGGCUCGCCGCGGCGGCGGUGGCGGCGGCAGUGCUAGUUCCAGCCAGCUGGCACUUGGCGGCAGCUCCGGGCCACGACCGUCCGGGGAGGUGGAGAUUGUGUUUGGCGGCGCCUCGACGCUGGGCACCGGCGGCGCCGUCGCCGGCAAUCACGGCGCCGCCGGCGGCGUUAUUGCCGCCGGCACGCCCACCACGGCGGGCGGCGGCUCUGCAGUGCGGUUCCGCAUCAACGUCAAUGCCUCGGAGGCCGGCACUGGCACUGGCAAUGGCACCCCAGCCGAUCGCUCGGCGCAGGUGUCUCACGUCCCCUCCGCCCUGAGCAUGAGCCUGGGCGAGGGGGCGGCGGUGGCGGCGGCGUCAGGAGGACCAGCGGCUGCAGCAGAGGGCGGCGUGGGCGGCGGCGCCGCCGGCCUUGCCGCGCUCGGCAGCGCCUUCGCCUCCGCGGCGGCCGCCGCCGCCGCGCGCGGCGACGGCGCGCCGCCGGCGCUGCCUGCCGCUGCCGCCGGCUACGGUUACGGCGGCGGCGGCGCCGCAACUUCCGGCGGCGCGGCGGUGGAUGUGCUGCUGUCGUCUUUGGAGGCGCGGCACGGUCCGGGUCUGGUCGCCAGCCCUGAGGCUGUGGCGGUGUGGCGGGACCUGUUGUCGCUGCUGGGUGUGGACCCGGACUCGAGGCCGCUGCCGGGGGCGGGCGGCGCGGGAGGAGUGGGCGGAGUGGGAGGAGUGGGAGGAUUGGGAGGAGUGGGGUCGGCGGCGGAAGACGCUGCAGCAGGGGCCUCACUGGGUGGUGAGGGCGCAUGGGGGGCAGGCGCAGCGCGGCGCGGCGCGGGCGGCAGCGGUGCCGCCGCCAGUGGCGGCGCCGGUGGCGGCGCCGGGGCGGAGGAGGGGGCGGCGGGUGAUGACGGCAGCCGCCCAGGCAUCGGGCAUGGCGCCGGCUCAGCGGAGGAGGGGCCCGCUGGCGGCUUCCGGUCAUUGGCACUUGCGGCCGGCGAGGCGGGGUCGGGUGCUGCUAGCUCGGAUGACGCCAGCAGCAGCACGCAGGCGGGUGGGUCGGGGCCCGACUCUCAACCCCACCUGCACCAGCAGCAGCAGCAGCAGCAGCAGCAGCAGCUGUACCGCACUCAGUCGGAGGCGGUGGCGGCGGUGGCGGGCGCCGCCGCGGCCGCGCCCUUCGGCGAGGGACGGGCCCUGGAGCGCGCACCCGCCUCCAACUCCACCUCCACCUCCACCUCCAACUCCACUGACGCCUACGACGCCGUAGCUUCGGUGGCGCCCGCUGAGGGGGGCCUCGGGGCGGGUGGCGCGGGCGCAGCCGCAGCCACGGCGACGGACACGGACACCGUCAGCUUUGACAAGGGUGCCCAAGGUCUAGUGGCAGGCGGUGUGCGCUUCAACAUCACACUUUCGGAAAUAACACCCGCGCCGCCGCCGCCGUCGGCGGCGGCUGUAGCGUCGGAGGACGCGGCGGCGGCGGCGGCGCCGCCGGUGCAGCUGCGGUUGAAUCUGGCGGAGGCGGCGCCGGCGGCUGUGGCGUUCAAGGCCAGCAUUGCGGCGGGCGGCGGCGGGGCGGAGGCGGAGGCGCUGGCCAAGGCGGAGACGGAGCUGUCGCAGCUGCGGCAGGUGCGGCACAGCCUGUCCGAGCAGCUGGCGUCCACACAGGAGCUGGUGAUGCACCUCAACAAGCAGCUCAAGGGCGCGCUGGAGGCGAGGGAGGACGUGCAGGCCAGGGCUGACCGGCUGUCCUCGGAUCUGGCUGCGGCGCAGGCGGCGGCGGCGGAGGCUCGCGGCGAGAGCCACGAGUUCAUGCGGGACCUGGUGGAGACCAAGGUGCUGUUGGCGGAGGUGCAGGGCGAGUACAUGCAGGUGUACCAGGCUCUCAAGCGCGCGCUCGGCAACGAGAAGGACAUGAUGGCCAAGAUUGACGAGCUGGAACGCAUCCUGGCGGUUGUGGGGCCGGGUGACGUGGCGGUGGAGGACGAGUACGGACACACGGUGGGACGAGCAGCCGCCGGCACCGGCAGGGCAGGCAGCGGUGGCGGCGGCCGCGGCGGCGUGGCGGGGGCCGCGGGGGGUGCUGGAGCAGGGGGCGCGACGGCGGUGCUGCAUGGAGACAUGGCGGCCGCUGCGGCCGCGCUGGCGGCGGCGGGCCCGGGCAUGGCGGGUGGCGGCGGUGGCGGUGCUGGUUCGCAUGAAGAGAACGGGGCAAGGAACGGGGCGGCGGCAGGGGCAGAGGCAGAGGAGAAGGAGGCAGGAGUGGCAGGGAAAGCGGCGGCGGGGCGGGGGAUAGGAAGCCGGGGCGGGGGCAAGGAGGCGGGUAAGAAAAAGGGCCCGAGCCGGUUGAGUAGCCCCAGCGGCCCUUCACACUGACACGCGAAUGACGCCGCCUUUUGACAAUAACUGAAAUAUGACGUGGAUUCUAGUCCGUAUUUGUUCGGAGGUGCGGGGGCUGGGCAGUAUUGCUGCUUGGAGGGAGUGUCAUGUGGGCUGGCGCAUCUGGGCGCAUACAGGUCGUUGUCGAUGGCUUGGCUGACAUGCGGCUCCUUUCUUGCAGCACCGUGGUAGCGCUAGAAAACGUGGGAUGAGUGUGGGGAAGCAUUGCCAGUUGCUUUCAGUGGUGUGGGAGCUGGGUAGGACUACGCAGGUUGGUGUGGCGAGCGAUCAAGUUUCCUGUAAACGUGGGGGGCAAAGUGGUGGCCAUUGGUGUCAAAUGGGGAGAGGGAUCGUGUGCCUUGCUGGGAACUGCAAGCAACACGGUGUCAUGAUGACUGCUGUGCGGCCUGGUGGCAGUGACAGUCAAGGUGCGGUGACGUCGCGUCUUGACAGCGCGAGGACCGGGGGCUUGCCAGCUGUCCCCUGAUACGUGCCCUGAUAGUUUGGACUUCACUGCGCUGUAACAGCACUGCGUC